AUGGAGUUCAAUCGAAAUUCAAAGACAACAAGUGAAGAUAAGCUUCGUUUUAUAUCAUUCAAUAACACGUUGCAUGACAUUCUCAAUGAUUAUCGACAAGGUGAAAAAACAUACACUCUUGGACUCAAUGAUCAUGCUGAUUGGACACAAGAUGAAUUGAGCAUAUUACGUCGUGGCAUUCAAUUGCCUAAAGGCCGCAUCAGUAAAACGAAUGUGAAACCUGGUGAUCGUUUAUUAACAUGGAACGGAAAGCCAUCACAUGGCAGAAUGACCUUACCGACAUCGUACGACUUAACAACAAUGGUUGUUCCAGGAACGGCCGUGCCACUUCUUUUAUCAGCCAAAAGUCAAGGCAAAUGUGGAUCGUGUUAUGCAUUCGCUUUUAUCUCUUUGCUUGAAUUUCAAUAUGCUCUACAAUUGAAGAAUAGCACCAGUUUGAGCGAACAACAAAUUGUUGACUGUUCAUCCAAGGAUCGUGGCUGUAAUGGAGGUUACUUUUCUAACACAUUUAAAUAUUUACAAAAUAAUACUUGGCAAGUAAAUGGUGCCCCAUACUAUCCCUACAAGGGUAUAAAUAGUGCAUGUGCAUUUAGAAGUGUGGAAGGCAGUGGAAUACAAUUCGAAUCACUUCGUUACAUUAAAAUUCCAGCAAAUAAUACUGCUGCCAUGCAACAAGCUCUGGUUGACUAUGGACCUUUGUGGGUAUCACUUUUCAUUGGUGAUCAGACGACAUUAACGUAUAAAAUGAUUUCCUCUACAUUCAACAAUUACAAAAGUGGUAUUUUUCAAGUAAAUGGAUGUCCAGCAUCGGUUAGCUCAUCAAAUCAUGCUGUUGUCAUCGUUGGCUACGGAGUUGAUGAGACAACGGGUGUGCCCUAUUGGAAAGUGAGAAAUAGUUGGGGACCUAUGUGGGGAGAUGGUGGCUAUUUUAAAAUACAACGUGGUGUGAACAUGUGCGGUAUUGAAUCCGGUAUAUUCUACAUUGCAAGAGCAGUAUAA